AUGUCAUUACCUAAAUUGACACCAGAGAACAUUAUCAAGUCGAUUUAUUCAAGCCCAGUGAAUCGUCAUAAGAAUAAUUUGGGGCUUGUAUUAGAUUUGACAUAUAUAACAGACAAAUUGAUCGUCUGUUCAUAUCCAGUCAUGAAAUAUCCCCGCAUGUUUUAUAGGAAUAGUUUGAAGGAUUUGGUAAUUUACUUGAAUGUCCAUCAUGGCCCAAGCAAUUGGAAAAUAUUCAAUUUAAAGGUUGAAAUUUGUGAUUCAGAUUACACUGAUGAAGAUAUUUCGUCGAUGAUGGGGAUCUCCUCCCCCAAAUCACCUACAGCCAAGACUUCAUUGAAGAGAAAUUCAUCCAGUUUACAAUCCUUGACUCAGUUGACUCGGCAAAGCCAUUGUCUUGGAAUAGAAGUGCCUGAGAGAAGUACCUUGAGUUCUCCAGUUGGUAACAAAACUUUGCUUAAGGAUAUUAUUUCACGUAGGGGCUGGGUAGACCAUUUCCCUCCUCCUUUCAUUCUUUUGGAGGAACUAAUUGACGAAAUUCAUGAAUUCUUAGCUUUUGAUAAUUCCAGAGUCGCGGUGGUUCAUUGUAAGAUGGGUAAAGGAAGAUCUGGUACUGUUGCAAUAGCCUACUUGAUGAAAUAUAAGCAAAUACCAAUGAUUGAGUCGUGCCAAUUGUUCCUGAGCGCCCGAUUCAAGCCAGGUGUCAGUCGCGGCGUCACAAUCUAUUCACAAUUGAGGUACUUGAGAUACCAUGAAACUUUCAUAUGCUAUGACACUCUUUACAGACCUCAAAUAAUGAGCGAAUUAAGACACUGUAAGUUUAAAAUUUUAUCUAUGGAAUUCUUCAAUCCUCUUGGAAGUGUCACUAGGGAUAUUAUCGGAUCCGCUUGCAUGCUUGGUGUCAAAAUUCAAAAGUAUGCUCCAGGGAAUGAUUCCUUAAUUGAUCUCUACUCCAUUGAGUGCGAUGAAGAAAAGAAUGUAAUUAAGUUCAUCGAUGGAAAGUACAUACUAUAUCCAAACAUAGGUGUUGAAACUUCUGAUAUGAGGUUAUGUUUUGGCUUGCGAUCUAAAACAACGGAGUUUAUCAACAGCGUAACCAAGUUGACCUCUUCAGCAUAUUGCUGGUUAAACUUGUAUUGGGAAACUAUAUCUUGUAGCAGAAGCCUUUCACCAACUAAUUUCAUGAUUGAAGAGCUAGACGCAGAGAUUAAAGCAUCCGUAUGCAAGCCCACAUUUACCAUCAAAUGGGAAGACCUUGACGGCACCAAGGGUAGUAUGAACAAGGGAUUGAAAUUGUUUGAUUCUCUAACACUAACCUGGAGUCUUGAAACUGACAGCUGA